GGAUGCGCAGGCCUUCGUGGAACAAAUCGCAGGCAAUUCAGCAGGUCAUUUCCCUGAAGGCGCUGCUCGAGCCCUCCAACGACGACGCCCCCGCCGUCGUUCCCACCCUCCAUUCUACCUCUCCACCUCGGCCUCCGCCUCAGCCUCAAGGGGAUUUGAACGAUGCUCCGCCCGCUGAAGAUCCGGCUCUUCAUGCUGCCGAUGACAUUCAGAAAUCUGCGUCGUCUCCCGAAAAACCCACUGAAACCAAUGACACCAACGUUGUCAGCCCCAGAGCAUGUGCAACUAGCGGAGUUGGGCAAAUGACGAUAUUCUACUGUGGUAAGGUGAAUGUCUAUGAUGGAGUCUCACCUGAUAAGGCACAGGCUAUCAUGCAACUUGCAGCAAGUCCAGUCCAAUUUGCUCAGGAGGAUCCUGUAAACAGAAAUACAACAGUCUGGGUUUCUCCUUGUCACAUACCAUUGGAUAAGGAUGUCCCAGUUCCUGUUGAUACAACAAUGGUGCAGGUUGCUCAAGCAGAUAAGAUGAUGGAAUAUCCUCUGCAUUACAGGGAGAAGGGAAUCAUAGCUCGUGAUGCUGAUCUAGAUGGUCAGGCAAGCAGACAAGUUUCAUUGCAACGAUAUCGUGAAAAGCGAAAAGACAGGGGAAGAUUGAAGGGCAAGAAAUUGCCUGGGGUAACGUCAUCUAACUUGGAGAUGUAUUUGCUUCCACCGAAAAUCCAGACCUCAAAUGGCAAUUCAAGCCGAAGUAGCACAUGCUCCCCACCACAGCCUAGACCGCCUCUUGCUUUCAGUGGCUCGGCUGACAACCCGCUAAAAGUUGGCCUUCCCAUUGAUCUCAAUGACAAAGAUGUUCAAGAAUGCUAAAACUCAAGGAGACUAGAUAGAUUGUGCAGAGUUGUGAUUCAGAUGAUCACAUCAUUAUAUAACUGAAGAGAAGAGACCAUAGCCUGUAGGAGCCUGAGCACGAACCCUGUUGUGCAAGAAUUGGGCUGCCCAUAGAGUGGUCAAUUUUAGUUUCUUUAACUGCUAGACACUGUACCCAAAAAAAAGAAAAAAAAUGCUAGACGAUCAAUGUUUUUUGUUUAGGAUAGACGUGUCCCUCUUACCUGAUCAAUUUUGUAAUUUUCAGCCAUCUAAUUUCGCCCUUCCAGAAUUUCGUAUUUGAUGUUUUCUGAUUUAAAAUGUAGAGCCAGGAGCAGCCAUUUUCCCCGGAACAUAUGAUGUGUAAAUUUGUGCUGCCUUGUUAAUUGUUAAUAGCUUUUGUGCCA